AUGACUGUCGAUAAGUGUAUUAAAAACUUUUUGACGUUGUAUUCGAACGGAUUAACUAGCAGCAUCAGUUACGAAAAAACGAUUUUGAAUUUUUUAAAACUACAUCGUUCAACGCUGUUCAUCCUACUGCUUCUAAUAACAGUUUCAACGUUUGUGGGCGACGUGAAGGAAGCGUCGGAUUUGUCAUCCACCUUAUCUCCAGAAGAAAUAAGUCGUCUACAUUUCCACAUAAAACAUGCUCACGGUCUGUUUGUAAUAGGUAAACAAGAUGGAAAAAUAUUAACCAAUCAAGUACUGGACAGGGAAACAAAAUGUGCUGAAACUACUGACACGUGUGAACUGAGUUUUGAAGUAAUUGCUAAAUCUAGUCAACAUCAUAAAUCAUACAAUGUCAUUGUCAAAUUAUUGGACAUCAAUGAUCAUGCACCUCAAUUCGCGAAAGACCAAUUCACGUUAAACAUUACUGAGACGGCCGUAGAGGGCAGUAAGUUCAGUUUACCGAACGCCGAAGAUGGUGACGUCGGGUCGAACGGAUUGCACACGUAUUCAAUUUCAAGUGAAUCCAAUCUCUUCCAACUAGUCAUUGUGGAGCAGUUUGAUGAGAAACAAAUAAAACUGAAGUUGGUGGGAAAGCUGGACAGGGAAAAACAAGAAGCAUACUCACUCAUCGUGACCGCUGCAGAUAAUGGACAGCCACCCCUCUCUGGCUCCAUGACAGUCAACAUUAACGUCCUCGACGCCAACGACAACAGUCCAAAGUUUACAGAGCCAACUUACUCUAUCCAAGUUCCAGAAAAUAUAGCCGUUUCAUCAAGACUUCUAACGAUCAAAGCUGUAGAUCCAGACACGGGAAUCAACGGACAAGUUGUUUACAGCUUUCCAGAUAGAAUAAACAAAAUGUAUGGAAACCUAUUUGAAAUUAAUUCCAAUACUGGUGAAAUUUUUACAAAAGGUGAAUUGGACUAUGAAAAAAACAAAAAUUACGUUUUGACUGUUCAGGCGGACGACGCCGGGGUCGGCUCGCUUCCGAAUUUCACUCUUGUUACUGUCAACGUCACUGACAUCAAUGACAAUUAUCCUGUCGUUGUAGUUAGUGCAUUGACAGAUACGGGCACUCCUAGCAUCGAAGAAAAUCAAAAACUUGGAACAUUUGUUGCUCACAUAACUGUUAGUGACGCUGAUAGUGGAGUUAACGGAGAAACGAACUGUCACAUGGAAAGCGAUCAUUUUAAGAUGGUCAUGCAGCCAGAAGGUGAUUAUCUAAUUUUGUCGUCAGUAAAAUUUGACAGAGAAGCAAAAUCUUCAUACAGAAUCAUUUUAAUAUGUAAAGAUAAAGGAACACCGCCUCUUGAAAGCCAAAAGGAGAUCCAAAUUGAUAUCGUUGACCAGAAUGAUAACGCUCCAGUUCUUCCCAAUUCAGACAACAUAGACGUCUACGUUUACGAAAAUAAUCCUUUGAAUUUCAUCAUUACGAAAAUUAACGCAAGCGAUGUGGACGCGGGUAGAAACGCCGCACUGCAUUAUUCCAUCGAAGCGAUCCCAAAAUCGGAGACCAAUGUUCUUAGCAUCGAUCCGUUGAAUGGAAAGAUAAGUUCAAAGAUAAUGUUCGAUUACGAGAAGGAGACGGAGUAUAAAUUUUUGAUAACUGUAUCGGAUAGAGGAACGCCUUCGUUCUCAGCCACUGCAACGUUAAAUCUUCACGUGCUUGACAUUAACGAUGAAGCUCCAAAAUUUGACAAACCCUCAUAUUAUUUGAGCGUUCAAGAGAACAAUCCCAUUGGAUCGUUAGCUGGAUCCGUCCUUGCUACAGACGCUGAUGCCAGUCCGUCCUUCAAUAAAAUUCUUUACAAAAUUGUUUCGAAUGAUGAUGCUUUUGAAAUUAAUGAACAAACAGGAGAAAUUAAAAAUUUGAAAAGACUUGAUACUGAGGAACAAUCACAGUAUAAAUUUCAAGUUGUAGCUUCAAAUUCUGGCAUACCCGUAGUUGAAUCCAAAGUUAACGUGACAGUGUACGUAGAUGAUGUUAACGACAAUGCCCCAGUUUUUAUUUUUCCGAGUACUGAAGCCGAAAGCGUAGUUCAAGUACCAUCGGACGCCAAGCCAGGAACUUUAAUUAUUCGUCUAGUGGCCACAGAUGCCGACAAAGGCGCCAAUGCUGAGUUAGUAUUCACUAUAUCAAAUGGGAAUGUUGACAACUCGUUUGUCAUCGAUCCAACCACAGGAGUUAUAACUGUGGCCAAACCUUUGAAGAGUGCUGACAAACAGGACCAAGCCCACCGAUUGGUCAUCAGUGUCUCAGAUUUAGGUAAUCCACCUUUAAUGAGCGUUGCUGACUUGACAAUAAUUGUUAAUUCAAGUUUAAAUGCGAAAGAUGAUGCAUCGCUGGCACUGACUGGCAGGUUAUCAGAGAAGCACAUCAUCCUCCUAGUUGCCAUUAUAGUGGCCGUGUUUCUGAUGUUGAUUUGCGUUAUAUUAGUUGUCAUAUGUUUGAGUAGACGAUUGAAGAAAAGAAAGAGAAGUGACAAAAGAGGAAAUUAUGUGUCCACAAAAGUGUUAGACGUUUACGACGGAGACUCAAGUAAAGGUUGUCGCUCACCGAAUUGUAACAACGAAACGAAUGUCUCAACAAUGGACUGUAGAAAAAUUGGCGGUGGAAGCAGCUCAGCUACCGUUGACACGGCCUCUACAAAAUCAGAAGGGGUCUGCAACUGCAACACGCGAGGAGAUAUGGGCCCACCUCCAAAUAUAAUGAGUGCGGUGUGCAGAGGAGAGGAAGAUGAAGAUGAGGUGGACAUGGAGAUGUGCAGAUUUCACGAUCCAAACACUGGAAAUAUGACAACGAGUUGGGAUCCAACGCAAAACCUUCGCAUCAACCAGGGGGGAGGGGGAGGGGGAGGAGGAGGCAAUCCAAUGGACAUGCACACGGGUAGGUGUAGUUCUGCCAACUGCAGAAAUUUUGGAUCCUCCCCGUCCUACAACUACCACCGCCACAACCACUGCAACUGCUGCAACGUACACACCUCAUGUCACUCACCGAUGCACCCGUGCUACCACCAUUCUAAUCCCCUCCAGCCGGCCCAAACCAACACCUACAUGAUGAGGAAUAAAAGAUCUCUAUACUCGCCAGAAUCUAUGCCCUUGCAGCCGAUCGGGCGUGUGGGACACAACAGGGAGGACCUGGAAAGUGUUUGUUCAGGGUCGACGUGGACCGACAGCGGCAGGGGACCCAGUGAGGAAGACGACCACGUCAAGAGUGUCAGGAUUGAAAACUAUCUCAGAACCACACAAGCUAAAUAAGGCCUCAGGGCAGAUAAUAGGCUGGGAGAGACACAUGACCACUACGGUCCCUCUACUGAGGUGUGGAGCAAGUAAAUGAACCAGUUGGACGUCAUUUCUACAGGAUAAUUCAACUCGAGUGUUCAUUCCAACACUUCACAUAAUAUGUUGGAUGCUUCAGUUGCCGCACACAUCACGCAAGCCAAAUACCUCUUCAUGGCUAAUCAAAGGAUUAACACCGCCGACCACACAACAGCUCAAACGCACACGCACUGCACAAACACAGCUCCAACGAUCGACCGCAGACACUGGAGAACAACCACUGGGAAUGAAGUUUCAAAAUUGCCUACUCCCAAAACUGUCAUAAUAAUCGAUCGAUCGAUAGAUGUCUCGACCAGCAAACCAGCAUAGAGAUGGGAAUAAACAAACUAUUUCGUCUAAUGAAGAAAAAGAAGAUGAUGAUGAAGAUGAGGAGGAGGAAGAUGAUAAUGAAAAUGAUGAUGAAGAUGAUGAUGAUGAUAAUAUAGAUUGACAAUCGCGUUAUUCGCAGAUUGCUGGCGUGGCUGGCUGGUCCGUCCAUUGCAGUGCAAACGAACAAUUUUAAUAUGAAAGGCAUUCGCAGCAAGCCACAAUACACCGCUGAUCUCGCUUUUCUUCUUUUGCUGCUGUUUUUGAGUUAUGAACAUUCAUUUCACGAUAGCGAUUAGUAGAGUGAUUAAAUGUUUAUUGAAAACAAGUGCUUAUAAAUGAAGCGAAUGAACGAUCAAAUGUGUUAUUGCUACCUUUGCAUAUCUUGAUCUUAUUUGUUGCUAGGCUGUUGUUGCUCGUUUGUUGCUUACAUAUUGGGAUACAUACUCGCUUAAUAACUUUUAAUGAAAUGAUUUUCGUACAAGCUACAGAACCGGCGUGCAACGAAAUAUUAAUGAUUGCAAAUUGGUGUGAAUGUUUGUGUCUGUGAGUUGAACUAAUAACUUUUUUUGUGUUAGUAUUUUAAAUCAAACAUGAUUUGUCAAAAUGUUAAAAUAAAAUAACAGACCAGCCUGUGCACGG